AGUAUUAGAAAUGACACAACACACCUUUGUUUUAAGCAGCUGUCCAGUCCUCCCAGUAAGAUGUCCUUGGAGAAGAUGAAAGAGAUUCAGCUGGAGGAAAAAUAUCUAUACCCAGAAACUAGAGAAGUGAAUGGAAUCCUUAUGGCCAAAAUGAUUAGUGAUAAUUGGGACAAAAUCUGGAAUUUCCAAGCAAAACCUGAUGAUCUCCUCAUUGCAACCUAUGCAAAGGCAGGCACAACCUGGACACAAGAGAUUGUGGACAUGAUCCAAAAUGAUGGGGAUGUGCAGAAGUGCCAGAGGGCCAACACAUUUGACCGCCAUCCUUUCAUCGAGUGGACACUGCCCCCACCCCUCAACUCAGGUCUGGAUCUGGCUAACAAAAUGCCUUCUCCUAGAACUCUGAAGACUCAUCUGCCUAUUCAGAUGCUACCACCUUCCUUCUGGAAAGAAAAUUCAAAGAUUAUCUAUGUGGCUAGAAAUGCCAAGGACUGUCUGGUCUCCUACUAUCAUUUCUCAAGAAUGAAUAAAAUGUUGCCUGACCCUGGUACAUGGGAGGAAUAUGUUGAGACAUUCAAAGCUGGAAAAGUGCUGUGGGGUUCCUGGUAUGACCACGUAAAGGGAUGGUGGGAUGCAAAAGACCAGCACCGCAUUCUCUACCUCUUCUACGAGGACAUGAAGGAGGACCCAAAGCGGGAAAUUGAGAAGAUACUGAAGUUCCUGGAAAAAGACAUAUCAGAGGAAAUUCUGAAUAAAAUCAUCUAUCACACCUCCUUUGAUGUAAUGAAGCAAAACCCAAUGACCAACUAUACCACUUUGCCCACCAGCAUUAUGGACCACUCCAUCUCCCCUUUUAUGAGGAAAGGGAUGCCUGGAGACUGGAAGAACUAUUUUACUGUGGCCCAAAAUGAAGAAUUUGACAAGGACUACCAGAAGAAGAUGACAGGAAGCACCCUAACCUUCCGCACAGAGAUCUGAGAGCAGUCAGGGAGUCUGUCCUGGACUUUCUUACCAGAUUUUUGCCAUUUGAGCCUCAUGAUCAAGGACACUUAAAACAAAGACACCCUUCCUCCAGUCUGGAGCUGUUACACACUACCUGUAGAUGAUAAUACUUCAUCAAAAUGUAACCAA